AGCUGGUUUAGGCUAGGAGAAGACGGCUUGGGUGAUUUCAUGAUGACGUUUCAAGUCGAACACCAGGCUUCAGAGGCCACGCCUUCCGAAGCAGGUCAUGCCAGCAAGGCAGAGUCCGUCUACAGCAGAGAGUGGCUACUUUCUGUGCGAUCAUUUGUUCCUUCGGAGGAAGAUCAGGUUUGCCUGCGCUCUGUCUACAUGACACCAGAUGCAAGCCCAUGCAGUUUACAGGGUGACCACAGCCCCAAGUUUGGCACACCCGAAGGACCUGCAGAGUGGCCUUCAGUCAAGGCUCCCAAAGUGUCCCCACCCAAGGUGGUGUCAGCUGAGUGGGCAAACUGUUGAGUGAGCUGGGUUCGAAAAGUGUCGUCAGUACGCAGUCAGCUGGGUCGUCGCGAGGCCAUAGGCCACUGUGUGUUUGGGCAGCUAAGUUGCUGAAAAAAUAGGUCACAAGCUACUUUGAGCUGCCAUAGGGUCACUGGUGAGGGACUUACGGCUUAAGUAGCUGGACAACCAUCUGUGUGGUGGUUGCACCGUGAGGCAGCGUCUGGUGAGUGCAAAGUGUGAGCGUCCUCCCGCUUCUUUGCGUCGAGCGUUUGUUUGCGGAGCUCUCUGCGUUGAGUGAGCUGCUUCUUGACCUUGGCUUCGCACGCCGGCUAGCCAGCUUCUUGUCAAUAGCGCUUUUGGAGUGCGACCUCGAUUGUAAUUGCGUGAUGCUCCUGCUACAAAGUGCAGCUACGAAACUCAUGUGAACAACUAGUGCUACCCGGUUCUUAUCAGAUGUGAGUCUUGUGUCCCCCCAGCACAACGGCAACUUGUCAAGAUUGCAUUCAGGCAUAUUCGCAUUUGAGGCACGAUCUAUUCAAUCUAUUCUUCAUUCACACUGAUUCACAGACUUCAAUGUCCAUUCUAUCAAAGUAUAUGAUCUCUUUCAGAAGCUUCAUCAACUGUUUAACCUGUCAAUCGACGAAACUCCAGACUUGGUUUUUAAAGGAUGUCUGGUGAAUCUGCAGCUACUGUAAGAGACAAUUUCCAACGGCUGCCAUUGAGUCUUUUUGUCGGGUGCGGAGGACAUCUCAGUGACCUGUCAUGAUGCAUGGCGUACUGCAGUGCCGACUUUCGUGUGAUUCGUUUGUUUCUCUAUGUUUCUCUAUGUUUCUGUAUGUGCAUCCCGGACACUUGCCUCUGCUUUUGGGCUGACCUACUUCCCCAAAGCGCUCUGACUUUCGUUCCGUUCUUUCGUUGAGUCAAGACGACGCUUUCGCCGACGACCGAUUCCGACCUGUGCCAGACAUGAAGCUCCCAGGCCGCCGACGGCACCCUCUGUCCCGAAACCGACGCCCGCGGAGCAAAAGGCCAUGAAGGACUUUCUCUUUUCGAAGCUGCAAAAGGACAUUGCAGAAGCAACUGCUCUUGCAAGUGUGGCACUUGCUGAUGAGCCUUCCAGAACGGCUUGGGGCAAAGGCAGCGACCCCUCGCAGUUGCUCAAUCGAGUCCGCCGAGCGCCUGGCCGGAGCGUGCUCCUGGCCACGCUGUUUGAAGAGGUGCCUCUUGAAUUGAAGAUCCUUUUGAAGGAUGCUGAAGCUUUUGCUACCUGGCUUCGACAUCGUACAGGUCUCUUGGAGGUCAAAGGCCUGCCAGGAGAAGAAUAUGUGAUGUGGGCCGGGUCGACAAAGGAAUCUACGGAGCCAAACGAGUUCUCAUUCAAUCCUCAGGCUACAGAGUUCAACCCCUGGGCGUACGGAGAGGAUUGUGACUACAACUUUGACUUUGAUCAAAGCGAGUAUUUGACCGUCGAAGAGGCUGCAAUGAUGUACUUUGGAGAAGGCCAAGACGGAAUGGACUAUGGGCUCCCAGGUCAAGAUGGUGACUUCGUCCUGCCGGGCGAGAUGCUUGGAGAUACCGUCCAAGGACUCGAUGACAAUUGCGCAGAGGACAUGGACCUCAACACCAUCGGCCCUCCGCCGGGGCUGAGUGAGGAGGUGGAAGAUCUUUCGAAAGAUGAGGUGUCUUUGACGACUGCAGCGCUCAACCCCAAGGCAGCUGAAUUUCAUCCAAGCGUUUUCUUGGCCGAAUACGACAAGGCUCGCAAAGUGGGGCCAAAGUCGCAGAAGGCCAAAACUCGACCUGUUGCGACAAGACCAUUGGCUAUUCCGGAGGAACCCAUCACCGGUUCUUCAGAGACCGCCUCUGGUGGAGAGGAUCCUGUGGUCUACGAGGAAUCCACGUCAGGAGAAGACGAGGACGCACUGGCCGAGAAGGUUGCUAUGCAGCAACCCUCAUUUUCAGCAUUCGUUGCAUCGCAAUCCUCAAGUGGACUUUGAAUGCAAGGUCUUGGUGAAUCUCACCAAUUUUCCCUGUGAAUAGAAUAUGGCUGCCCAUACACUGCGCCGCCGCGCAGUUUGCAGCAAGAGCCUUCUUGAGCUGCCGAAAUUGGGCAGGCCUCAUCCUUGAGCCAAUAAGAUGGUCUCAACAGCCAAAAGCCCCGUGCUUUGGGCCGGUCAACACUCAUCGAACGUCUGAAGAAGACUUUCAUGAGCGUUGCUCUGGCCCAUGCGAAGAAUUGCUUUAAGUGUGUCUUGGGGUCA